AUGUCUCCCAUUCGUGUUGGUCUCAUUGGCCUCACCUCUGAGCCUGCUGGCUUAGGCCAAGGAAAAUGGGGAGUGUCAGCGCACUUAGCCUCCCUCCAUCCUUCUCCCCAUUACGAAAUCGUAGCUGUGUGCAACUCAUCUGUUGAAUCAGCUCGCCGGUCAAUCGAGUUCCACAAGCUGCCUGCCUCUGUCAAGGCCUAUGGCCGUGCUGAGGACCUGGCCAAUGACCCCAAUGUCGAGCUCGUUGACGUGUCAAUUGAGGUUGGGAAGCACCUGCUUGCAGCCAAGCCGGCCUUGUUAGCCAAGAAGCAGGUCUUUGUGGAAUGGCCGCUGGGGGCUAGUACAGCAGAGGCAGAAGAGAUGCUCCAGUUGGCAAAAGAAGCCAACUUGAAGACUCUGGUUGGCACUCAACUUUGCGCAGAUCCAUGGAUUGCAAAAGCCAAGCAACUAGUUGAGAGUGGAACAAUUGGCAGAGUCACCAGUUCUGACGUCCAAAUUUCUUCUCCUUUUGGACCAGUAGAUACCUGGACUGCGGAAGCUGAGUAUUAUUUGGAUUUUGAGAGUGGUGGGAACGAAUUUCACAUCUUCUUUGCUCAUUGUAAGUUUGUUCAUUGCAUUUACGAUUUAUGUUAUGCUGACAUGCACCUGUGGACAGUCUUGAGCGGUUUCACUUAUGUACUUGGAGAGCUUGCGAGCCUCAAGUCCACAUUUGCUGUCCAAAACCCAGUGGUGAAACUAGUCAGCGGCAAAACCGGCGAAGUAGUCAACCCAGAAAAACGCAGAACAGCCCCUGACCACAUAUUCGUUCAAGGAGCGAUGGAAAGCGGUGCGAUGGUCAGCAUUAGCACGCGUACACCGCCGCAGCCGAUUGACGGACACAGUCUGCGAUGGCUCAUUACCGGCUCAGAGGGAGAGUUGGAGCUCACAACGAGUGGUAGAGGGUAUCAAGUUGGCUCUAAUCCAAGAACCCUGCGAGUUAUUUCAAAAGACGGAGAAACCCGAACGAUUGCUUGGGAACAGGAUGAGCCGAGUCAUAUCAAGAACGUCGCUCCGCCCGGUGUCAACACGGCAAGACUGUUUGAAGCUUAUGCGCUGGAUAAGGAUUGCUAUUCGGAUUUUGAGAAAGCUGUGAAGCUCCAUAAACUUUUGGAUAGAAUUGCAAAAGAUGCAGGUUAUAUGUAGAGAUGUCACGUCAAAG